UGUUUCCGUUAAUGUUCGCAUAUAAAAUUCCUGCAUAAGGAGUUUUUAGCAAGAAAAUUUAAUAUUACCUUGUAAUAGAAAAAUGUUCAAAACACCAGUAAAAAUCAUGCUUAUUUUGGAAAGUUUGAGCAUGUCUGCGAUGACCUUUCCAUAUAUGUGUGCAGAUUGUACCGUUGGUGUCACAUUUCCAAGAUGUAAAAAAUGCAUAGCAUUCAAAUCCGAAAAAGGGUCACUUACCUUUCAAUGUAAACGUGGGUUCUUCGAUUUUUUGAAACAGGAGAUCAUAUUUACUGCUUUAUGCUACAUUUGUAAAAAAAAUAAGACAGAGUUCUCCUGCCAGAAAUGUACGACAUUUGCUGAAAUAAAACAUUGUAAUCUUCAACACACGAAUUUAUAUCCAUCAACUGUACGUUCAAACACAAUACGCCUGGACAACUUUAAUGAAACUGCUAUUGACAAUUCGUCUUCAAAAGAAUGUGAGCCCUGCCCUGAAUGCAAUCCUACAUGUACAACUAUCGCGGUGAAAGAAUCUACAGAGGAGGUAACGCCCGAAAUUCGAAGUCCCUCUACAUUUGAAUGUGAGCCCUGCCCUGACAGCAAUACUAUGAAUCUCGUGGCGAAAGAAUGUACAGAAGAGGUAACGCCCGAAACUCAAAGUCCCUCAACAUUUGAGAGUAGUGCUUCUUGUCCAGGAUGUGCUCCCAUAGACGACGAAUAUGUGACUGCGAAAGGAAAUAUAGAUGAAGCAACAUCCAGAACUCAUGAACAAAGCCCUUCUAGUUUCGAAUGUGCGUCGUGUCCAGAAUGCAGUCCUAUGUCUACUGAAGGGAAGACACUUGCAGACGAGGGAACUUUCAACCCUAAUAUACAUACAAGCUCUGUAUGUACUGUAGGAGAUCUCCUCGGAUAUAUCGUUGUUGCCGUAGUUGGUGGAGCGCUCUUUGGGACAUUUAUCACAGCAUUUGUUUUUAUUGUUCUUCGACGAAGAACAGCAAGACAGAAAGGAGAACCAACAUCCGAUGCACUCCAGAGUCUAAUAGAAAGUAAUAUUAAUCGCCAGGCAGUCCAAGAUCACAGUAACGAAAGUAGACGAGCCAGCCUCAACACUAAUAAUAAAAUGGCAAAAGGCCCUGAAGAAACCACUGAAUUUAUAGCAGAAGAAGACGGGGUGUACAACCAUUUGAAUGAAUCAGAGACCGUUGACAGAGAUGAGUACUAUGACCAUGCUAGAGCAAGUGCUCCCGUUCAGUCUGAAAACAACAAUGAUGAUUAUGAUCAUGCAGGGCCUUCAUUUCUCACAGUUUCAACAAUCGAUGAUUAUGCCACCUGAAAACAAAGGAAAUAAUACAUGUACAUUAAAUAUAUGAUUUGAGUAAGAUUGUAAAGGAAUAUUCUUUGAAUUAGUGAAAAAUAUGUGAUGUACAGAUUUUCUCACCAGAGCUUCUUUUUAUUGUUUUAUACUGUUUGUCAUUGAAAAUUAUUUCCAAACCUACAUGCACUUGAAUGAAAAUAAAGUCUGUUAAGAUUGUUAUUUAAAAUUUCAUUAUUGAUAUGUUUUACAAUGAUCUCAAAUAAAUAUAGAAAAUCCUUAUAAGUUUUGAAUUAAAUGUAAGAGAACUUUUCAUUAUUUUAAUAAAUUUCAACUUCUUGUGAAUUUGCGUCAGCGCGUUAUGAAAAUUUGUUUGCACACACCGUUGCAGUCAUGAGAC